AUGUUGAGCCACACGGCACAACGGGACGAGUUCGUUCGUAACGCGGUUGAAUUGCCCCCCUCCUACUUCUCUUCCCACUUCUCAUCAGUUCUCAAAAUUGCAGUUUCAAGCGACGAACAGUCUGUGGCCCUCUUCUUAGACACUGACGUACUCUGGGUGGGAAGCCUCGACUUUUCUGAGGUUAAAUUUGAGCUGCCGCUCAGGGGCCGCGUGUCGGCGGUGGGUAGCGAAGACAAAACUCCCGUCCCAGGCAGUCAUCCUCUUGCUCUUAAGUGGCUGGAUAAUUCCACCGUCGCCGUCCAGUGGACCAACUUCAUCGCCCUUGUCGACGUCGAAAAAAAUGUCUAUGAAUUCUUCUACCCCACCUGCAUCCACACAGAAGUCGAGGUUAGGCCCGCCCCCUUCCCGCCCCCGCUUUUAAAAUCUCGUAUAUUCACCUAA